UAUCACUUUGUUGAAUUAUUGUUUCAUCAAAAAGUUGCAGUUGUAAUAGUAAUAAUUAUUUUUCAAUGAAUUUAUCAAAACUUUCUAAGUUGUGUUUUUUAUUAUUGUGUGUGAUAAUUUAUACAAAAGCAAAACUGAAUAACAAACUAAAUAGUGAUAAAUUAAAGACGUUGCUAAGAUAUUCGGGAUGGAAAAAAUUAAACGAUGUGAACUCUAUAAUAUAUAGUACAAAUACAUUUUACUUACAAAAUUUGAUAAAAACGCCUGUACUUCGCUAUAAUUGUAAUAAAAAAGUACGAGGUUUGACUAUAUUUCUUGGAUGUACAUACUCAAAAGUUAUGCAAAAUUUGUUUUCAAUUAUUAUAAACUACCAACAAAAAUGUGACAAAAUAUUAAAUAUAGAAUACGAUGUAAUAAAUGGAUACAAUUGCAUUGAAAAACUCAUAAAUAUAAUAUCUUUAUUCAUUGUUCCUAUGGCCAAAUUGAUGAAAGAAGCCAUGAUUGCUUUGGAUAUGUUACAUAACAUUCCAUGGGGUAGUGACCCAUUAUGUGAUAAAUACUCCCAUAAAAUAAGUAAUUUCGUAGGAGAAAUAGAAACUAUUCAUGAUAAAUUAAUAAAUGUAAUUCUAAAACGCGAUAAUAUUUCUAAAUACAAUUCAGUAAAAAAUUUUAUAAAAUAUUUUUUUGAAAAAAUAAAAUCGAACAUAAAACAAAACACUGAUAUCUUUUGUAUUUUUGAAACUUAUGACAUGGAUUAUUUAUGGAAUGGUUGGGUUCAAGAAUAUGAAGACAUUGUUUAUGUCGCAAAAUUAGAAUUUUUCAAAUUCUUAAACGUAAAAAUUGAAGAUUAUAUCAAGACAGCAAUUAUAGAAAAGUAUUUUCAACUGGGUUUUAAAUUUGAUCCAAUCACCGAAGAAACAUUUGUCCCAACACCAGAGGAGCUAAUUGAAUUAGAGUUGGAAUUUAGAGAAACAGAUGAGAAGCCUUCAAUGCCAAUACAAAUAGAAAUUCAUUAAAUUUUAUAUAACUAAUUUUAUAUCUUACAAUUAUGUAUAAAACAUCAUUAUAAUAAAUUUAUUAAAAUUUACGUAAAUAUUUGUAAAACUUUAAAAAAUUAUUAAAACAUAAUAAUAAAAUUCUAUUUUUAAUCA